AUGGAUCAAUCAGUCGAUAUGGGAUCUGAAUGCGAUCAGAAAUUAUCCGUUUGCCGUUCAAGAAAUGCCGUAUGUGAACCGAUUGGAACACAACCAUCGCGGUCCAUAAAUCCACACAAAGUUCCGGCAAAUUUUCUCUGGCCCAAUAUCGUUGAUUUCUCGGCCAUGGCAGAAGCGGAACGGAACGGCCCGACGAAAAUCUGUCAGUGUCCUAAAAUGAUGGUCGAAGUGUAUCAGUCCACAUUAAGCUACACCGAAUGCUCCAAAACAUCGUCAGUCGACUGUGAGGAAAUGUUUUGCGAAAAUGUCCUGCUAAUUGCUCAAUCUAAGUUUGAUCUCGAUUGUGAAAAGUUCAGUAGCCUCGGUGGGAUUCGAACCCACGCACUGGUCGAUGCCACAUGCCUCUUUCCGCAGUUGAGUGCCAGUGCCACUCAUUGCCACCUGUGUGUUUCAUCCGGUGGCAUCUGUUACGAUUUGAACAAUGAUGGAAUCGGUGAUGGGUGCGUGUGUCCGCCACACAAAUCCCUAAGUUCCAAAAUGCGGUCUACCGGAGAGCAGGCGUGUUCCGUAACUCACGUGUCAUUGAAUUGUUCGGACGGACACUUUUCUGUAUGCUAUCGACCUCAUACACAUCAACCGUUUGAGCAUUUGACCUCGGAUCUCAGUGACGGAAAAGCGGUUGUUCAGCUGAUUCCCACCGACAACGAGAACUCAAUUUUACUUCAUGAGUACAAUAUGGCUGCAGCAAAACACAUCGUUCAGAAUGAACGACACACUUUGUCUUUCCAAUCUUCGUUCGCAUCACAAAUAAGAGAUCCUUGUGAACUCUCAAAAAUCGGUGCUACUUCGGCAACAUUGAACGACCGUAUGGGGGUUUCUUCAGGUGUCAGCCGCGGGAGUGGUGGCGAUAGGAACACACCGGAACAAUACUGCUUGCAUUUGGAUGCAUGGAAAAUGAAACAAUCUUGUGGAAUUAGGCUUUACAGCCUCGGGGAAAAUUCUAUUCAGUACGAGGGUCUACUUGAAGUUAUGGUGGAUCGGAGUCAGCGAACUCCAAACAAAGAUUUACAAAUACCUUUGAAGUGUAUUGCGCCACGACCAAAACGCGCUCCCAUCAAAAACGAAUUUUUGUCGGAUCCCGGUAGACCUUCCGAGCAGCCUACCGAUAUGGAAUUCAGAGUGGUCAACGCAGAAAAUAAAGAAAUUUACGCAACACCAAUGAAUACUAUGAUACGCUUAGAUGCACUGUUGCUGGAUCAGUCAGAAAUUGCUGCAUCAAAGAUUCCUUCCACGGUGCGUGAUUAUCCCCUAGAUUCUGCGGUUCGACAGCUGAACUUCCCAACGGUUUCCUCGUCCCCGGCUGCAUCUAAAUCUCAUCCUUGUCACUUUGCGUUGUGUUUGAACACUACUCACCUGGCCUGGCUAUGCAUUGGGAUUCUCACACUUAUCAUGUUGUUCACACUUGUGAUGUUGUUUCUCUACAAGAAACGUCAAUUAAAUCACGCUCACACAAAACCACGCACCAGUAAAAAGCAAACAACGCAUCAACACUUACAGCAGACUCAAUCACAUAAUCCAAACUAUGAGCCAUGUGCAAAAUUGAUGUCAAACCGACCUUGUGUGCCAAAUUAUCCUCUAGGUGAAGUAGCCACUUCGCAGGCACAAUCAUUUCUUCGUGUACCAGCCUGUUUACUGAGUACCACCCCACGUGGUCAAGAAUCAUUCACCUUUGAACAACAAAACGCCCGCGAGUCAGGCAUAAUGUCUCCCGUAUUUUUUGCCCAGGAUUCUGGUUGUCCAGACGGAUCAGAUUCUCAGUUAUUCUGUUUCCGUGAAUCCGCCGGACGACCCACAGCUAGUUCGGCAGCAAUCUCGGUUGAAGGUGUUUUUGCCAAUACCAAUGUGUCAUGUAAAACACGAAUGGCACAGUCUGAAGCCUACUGCUACUGUGAUCAGUUACCUCAAAGUGCAAUAGAACGCGGUAAUAAUACAACACAAACUUUGCCACUUGAACGACGUACGAGCCGGCUGAAACACUUUAUCAACUACACCAGAGACAACAUGGACGAAUUCCAUCAAAUGAACGAAGAUACAUUGAUCGCCGCUGGUUGGCAACCUCCAAUAACCAAUACUGACCUGCUUUCCUGUGGCUAUAGUUCUUCAGAGGAUCGGAAACAACUGUUACAAACGUUUCCACAUUCGGCAAGAUGCGGUGGACGAGGUGGAGGAGGAGGAGGGGGAGAGUUUUCGGAUGAAACAAAUGACUCAAUUGUCCCACCGUUACCAACUCACUCGAGCGAUUUGAUUGUUCUAAACAACAGUACCAACUCAGACGAAUCAGAUGCGAAGCGACCUCCGUACACAGACUGUGUCAAAACUGGUACACAACAUGUACAUACAUGA